CUAGCAGCCUGCUUGGGCGGCAACUCCCCCAAAGCGCCGCCCUCCUCCCGUCAUGCUCGCCUGCGAGUCUUUCCUACAUUGCUUCGUUGCUCCUCAGAUACGUUUAAGCAGUCUGAAUCAAUAAAGAACGAAGCUUUGCCUUUGCAAAAUGUCAACAUAAAAGGUUCAAAAAAAAGAAAAUUCUUGAAUGGUCAUUGGGCUAAUGGUCUGCUAGAGGAUGGUAAGAUCGGAGAUGAGGCGGAGUCCUCAAGGAGCAGUAGUGAUAUGAAAAGUCGGAGAAUUUUCCGAAAAGCCAAUGGUUCACUUUACCAACAAACUCUCCCUAAGCAUUUGGGAAUCGCCAGGUGCCAGUCCUAUUUGAUGAAUUCAAACGUUUACGACCGACGUAUACGCGAUAUUCAAGUUCUGCGGUUUUCCGGUGUACCUUUCGAAUACGAAGAAGUUGCCUAUUGUUCUAAUGAAAAAUUUAAGGAUUUGAAGAACAUUCCAGGUCUUUCUAAAGAACAGGUAAGUAAUUCCCAACAAAUGCCUCAUUACCAUAUGGCUUAA